AUGUUACCUUUUGCUUGGCCAUAUGCUGAAGAGCAAGCUAUCGGUUACUGGGGCAAACCGCUGUCCACAAUCGACUGGUGUGAAUUGAACUACGCAGUAACACCUUAUAUCGCCGAAGCAGUCAACACUGUGACGAACCUGGCCUUUAUGGCACUCGCCAUCUUUGCCAUCUACCUGGCCUAUUCCAAUAAGCUUGAAACGAGAUUCUUAAUCACUGCAUUUGGCUUUUUGCUUGUCGGAAUCGGAAGUUGGUUAUUCCACAUGACGUUGCAAUACGAAUACCAAUUGCUUGACGAAUUACCCAUGCUAUACGCCACAAUUGUGCCGUUCUGGUCAGUAUAUAGCUCCUUCCAACCCAAAAGUGUUAGCAUUGCUAUUUGGAUUGGUAUUUUUCUGGCGACUAGCUUGAUAACAUAUAUAUACUUGUACGUGUACACUGACCCAGCAUUACACCAAACAGCAUAUGCUAUACUCAAUGGAUGUGUCAUCUACAAAUCGUUGGUCUUGAGUUGGAAACAUGUAAAUGACAAAAAGAUUAGAAAGCAAAUGGACGGAAUCGCAAUGUUUGGUGUUGGGAUAUUCUUGUUUGGUUGGUUUUUGUGGAACUUGGAUAUCCACUUCUGUGAUCAAGUAAGAAUCAUUAGAAAAGGUUGGGGCAUCCCAUACGGUUUCCUUUUGGAAGGUCAUGGAUGGUGGCAUAUCUUCACUGGAACUGGUGUUUACUUUUCAUUGAUUUACGAAGAGUACUUGAGAUGCUUUAUCACUGGAACAGAACAAUUUUUUACCUUGAAGUAUUAUAUGGGAUUUUUGCCCGUAGUGAAAUGUAUAGAUCCAUAUGGAUUGGAGAGAUACAAUGCAGUCAAGAGAUUAGCAGAAGUUGAUGCUAACGCAGCUAAAAAGGUGAAACAACACUAG